AUUCAGUGGCUCGAGCACGGAAGUGUUUGCAUCCUUCGUCAGGAAGACAGCAGUACUAAAGUGUUAAAUCUAAAAUGGGAGGAUUCUUUUCCAGCCUCUUCUCUGGCCUGUUUGGCACCAGAGAGAUGAGAAUCCUUAUUUUAGGUCUGGAUGGAGCUGGAAAAACCACAAUAUUGUACAGACUUCAAGUGGGAGAAGUGGUCACCACAAUUCCUACUAUUGGGUUUAAUGUGGAGACUGUGACUUAUAAGAACCUUAAGUUUCAAGUGUGGGAUCUUGGUGGACAGACGAGUAUCAGGCCAUACUGGCGGUGUUACUACUCCAACACGGAUGCAGUGAUUUACGUGGUGGACAGCAGUGAUCGUGACCGAAUGGGCAUCUCCAAAUCUGAACUGGUGGCUAUGUUGGAGGAGGAAGAGCUGAAGAAAGCCAUCCUGGUGGUGUUCGCGAACAAGCAGGACAUGGAGCAAGCAAUGACUCCAACCGAAGUGGCCAACGCUCUCGGUUUACCUGCGCUUAAAGACAGAAAGUGGCAGAUCUUCAAGACGUCUGCUACUAAAGGCACUGGCCUGGACGAGGCAAUGGAAUGGUUAGUGGAGUCACUGAAGAGCCGGCAGUAAAUGCACUCAGAAAGAAAAGACCUUGUAAAUAGGAACUUCAGAGACUUCUUAUCGAGUGUCCUUUGGACCAAUGACUGCGUUCUUCCUAUUGUGUGAAGAUCCUUCCCGUCGAGUGCAGAGACUGAUCGACUGGUGUUGAACGGAUGAACUCUACAAAUGUUUCCCCCUACCCUCUUCUCUUUUUUUUUUUUUUUUUUUUUGCUUUUCGUCUGUUUUUGGUAAACCGUAUCCACUACAUUUGUAACCUCAAAAGGUGUUUGCUUGUUAAAUUUGAGAUGGGGAAUAAUCAUCGCAGCUGGUAAUUGAGUUAAAGUGGGUCGAUAUUUAAGACUAAUCGUCAUUUGUAUGCUUUGGAUUUGUAAUGGCAUAUUUAUAUUUGCACGUGUACAGGGGAGUGCACUCCUGGCGUUAUGGCUGUGAAACAAUAAAUAUGCAGUCUACA